CAUAGCCGUCCAUCAAUCAUGGCCAUGAAUAGCUAACAACAUCAUCUAGAUAAGUAUCGCUGUCCCUUGCUGUCACAUUUUCCUCGUGCUGUCGUCCGUGCCCCGUUUCUCCUCUUUCCUUCUCCCUCUCUACCACACGCAUAGCCCCCCCGGUUGAUUCCUGCACAUUCUCCUGUCAACCUGCGCCAUGGCUACUCGCCGUCUGUCCUCCCUGGUGGGCAGCACCAAGGAUGGGCCAUUUGACUCUACCAUUGCAAAUGAAGCCCAAUUGGCCCAACUAGGCUACGAGCAGGAACUCAAACGCUCCUUCUCCCUUCUGGGGAUGGUUGGAUUCAGCUUUUCCAUCGUCACUUGCUGGACCGCCCUCGGAGGGACUUUGAUUGUGGGUAUCGUCGCUGGCGGCCCUCCCGUCAUGGUCUGGUCGUGGGUGGGAAUCUGUCUGCUGUCCUUGACCGUCGCAUACUCGUUUGCCGAGAUGUGCUCUGCCUAUCCAACGGCCGGCGGUCAGUACAGCUGGGUCGCCAUCCUCGCUCCCCCGAAAUACGCUCGCGGCGCCGCGUUCGUCACUGGGUGGUUCAUGUGCACGGGAAUCGUGGCCAUGGGCGCCGUCAACAACUUUCUCGGCGCAAACUUCAUCCUCGGAAUGGCCAACCUGAACAACCCAUCCUACACCAUCGAGCGCUGGCACACGGUGCUGGUGACGUACCUGAUAGCCAUCCUCGCCGCCGCGAUGAACGUCUACCUCUCCCGCUGGCUCAAUCAGAUCUCCACCUUCGCCGUGGCAUGGAACAUUCUCAGCUUCUUCGUCGUCAUCAUCACCAUCCUGGCUGCAAACGACCACAAGCAGUCUGCCAGCUUCGUGUUUUCCGAUUUUCAGAACCAGACCGGUUUCUCGUCUGGCGGGAUGGCCGUCAUGAUUGGUCUUUUGCAGACCCUAUUUGGCAUGUGCUGUUAUGACGCUCCUAGCCACAUGACGGAAGAAAUGCUCAACCCAGCCAAGGAAGCGCCCCAAGCCAUCAUCCUCUCGGUGUACCUGGGCGCGGUGACCGGGUUCGUGUUCCUGAUCUCGGCGUUCUUCUGCAUCGGCGACCUGGACGCCACCGCGACGACGCCGACCGGAGUGCCGCUGAUCCAGAUCUUCUUCGACAGCACGGGCAGCGUUGGCGGAUCCACGACGCUGGCGGCCAUGAUCACCGUCAUCAUGCUGAUCUGCUCCAACUCGCUGAUGGCCGAGGGGUCGCGGGCCUUGUGGGCCUUUUCGCGUGACCACGGCCUGCCCUUCAGCAAGCUGUGGGCGCGCGUGGACAAGAAGUCCCACGUGCCCGUGUACAGCGUGCUGCUGUGCGGCGUGCUCCAGGCCGGGCUGAACAGCAUCUACUACGCGUCCUUCGAAGGGUUCUCGACCGUCAUCUCCAUCGCCACCUUCGGCUUCUACCUGUCCUACGCGGCGCCCCUGUUCGUGCGCCUGUGGUCGCUCGCCACGCGCGCCAACCCGGCCGCAACCACUAUCCGCGGCGGCGUCUACACCCUGGGCAAGUGGUCGCCCUACAUGAACCUGGCGGGCCUCCUAUUCCUCGUCUUCGCCGGCAUCGACUUCAACUUCCCCCAGGUCGGCCCCGUCACCGCGGGCAACAUGAACUACUGCAGCGCCGCCUUCGGCGUCAUCGGCCUCGUCAGCGUCAUCACCUGGGUCUUGGACGGCCGCAGGAACUUCACCGGGCCCCAGACCCCGGGCAUCGUCAACGCCAUCGAGGCCGCCGGCGGCGGUACGGGUGCAGGGCAUGAAACGGCCGCCGGUACCAAAAGGGACGAGAAGAAAGGCAUGAUGGGUCUGCCGCCCGGGGAGGAGAGCGUCGAUGAAUCCGAGUCCAGCGACGAGAAGGUGCCCGUCGAGGGAGACAUCGGGAGAAUUGCCUAAAGAUAUGGGGGCCCAAAGAAAUUGGGGAUUUUGCAGCGUAAUAUGAUUUGGGGUAGAAAAAUCAAAAGUAGAUUCCGUGCUUUCUGUUCAAGUGUGGCGAACCACACAGACUGUCUGUGUUUGCGCUAGAUUCUGUAUACUUCUGUGGAGAGAGAGAGAGAGAGAGAGAGAGAAAGAUAGCUCUGUAAUUGUUUUGUCUGCCGGGACACCUUGUAUCAAAAUGACAUGGGCUUGGAUACAG